GACAUACUAUUACUAGUAUAAGUGUUCAGUUUUCAGAAGCCAGGCCUCGAAAUAAGAAAACAGUGCCUUCACUUCAGUGGGUUUGUUGCGUGGAUUUAUCAUUAUUAUCACUUGGCAGUCGUCGUCAAACAAGAAGAAUCAUGCUCUCGGCUAGCGCGUCGUUCAGUGUUGUGGUCGCUUUGCUAGCCACAGCCGGAGGACUGCAAGUAUCCGCAGCUUCGGUUGAAGUCGUUGAUUCAUUGACGUUCCUGGCGAUCGGUGAUUGGGGCGGAUCGGGUCAUGAACCAUACACGACACCGGCUGAAAAGAGCGUGGCCAAUCAGAUGGGCAAACUUGCCUCUGCAAUCAACUCCAAUUUCACGCUCGCCCUAGGCGACAACUUCUACACCGAGGGAGUGAAAAAUGUGGAUGACCCCAGGUUUAAGGAGACUUUUGAGGAUGUAUACACCGCCAGCAGCCUGAUGAGCAGAUGGUACGUUCUGGCCGGCAACCAUGAUCACUACGGCAACGCCACGGCCCAGGUGGCCUACACAAAGCGUAGCAAGCGUUGGUAUUUCCCGGAACUGUACUACAGUGAGACUUUGGCCAUUCCUGGAGGAGCCACGGUGCAGAUUGUGAUGAUCGAUACUGUCUUGCUGGCUGGCCUAUCGCAUCCCGUCCAUCGCUCACUGCCACCCGUGCCAUUGGAGGACCAAAGUCUGGCCGAUCAGCAGCUGCAGUGGUUGGAGCAGACGCUCUCACAAUCGCAGGCCACCUGGCUGUACGUGUGCGGUCAUUAUCCAGUCUGGUCUAUUGCAGAGCACGGCCCUACGCAGUACCUUGUAGACAAUGUGCGUCCACUCCUGGAGAAGUACAAAGUCACAGCUUAUGUCAAUGGACACGAUCAUAACAUGCAACACAUCCACCCACAUAGCCAGGACGUUGACUACUUUGUAACGGGUGCUGGACAUCUCAUCGAUGAUUCCACGGCACACAAGGAUUCUGUGCCAAAAGACUCUGUUCUUUUUCACUACGGUCCAUCGGAUCACCUCUCAAGCAAAGGUGGCUUCACCAGCUUUGAGCUAACUGCGUCAAAAGCCACUGUUACCUUCUAUGACUACACCGGCAAAGUUGUCUACACCACAAGCAACACUUCACCUAGGAAGGAGGUGUCUGACAGAAACUAGUGAUCUUCAACCCAGCGUAAACCUGUACUGCUGUGUAUGGAUGCUACUCCCUGUAACCAUGCCGACCUGAACCAAUUCUGAGGAUGUCUGGCAACUACAUGUGUCAUCUUAUUUUUACUCCAUCUCCGGACAGCUUGCUGUUCUGACCCUGUUAGGUUAGCUUGUGAUCAUCUUAUUUAUACAAUGUAUGGUGGGAAGUGUUUUACAAUGCUGCCAGUUACAGCCUUUGCUUACAUAAAAAUAUGAAAAAGAAAAUUAUUAUUAUGAAGUGCUUUCAAAGCGAGA